AUGAAUGAUGAUUUAGAAACCCAGCCGUUAGUACAGCAUCAAUCAAACGAGACGGCAACCGCUCCAACUGAAAUUUCAGAAGAGCGCCAUGGGAGACUGCCCUCUGGUGUGAAAUUGUCAGCGAUAUCAUUGGCCAUAUUUGCGCUCAUAAUCGUAGUCAUUGCUGGUAUUCGGCUCUCUCACAAUCUGCCCUCUGAGCAGGAUAUUGAAGAUAGCGUUCUUUCUGUUUCAAAUUGGAAAGUCCAAAAAGUUCACUUAGAUGGUUGGACAAAUGGCCAUGAUUUAAAUAAUGAGGGCGGCAAGGCCCUACAGAUAACUAUGGAACUAGACUAUUGGAUUGAUUACGAUAGCUGGCUGCAAGCGAAUGAUACUGAGUUGAGCCACUCAGAAAAGAAGCGCUACCGUUUCGUAAGUGAGCGAUUGGUACGAAAUGCCUGCUUUGCGGUUAAUAAUCUCACAACUUUUGAUGGUGAAAUCAAUAAUAACAAUACUGUGGGAUCUCUCAGUGUACAUCAGCCCAUUUGCAUAGACUUGCACAAUAACAUAUCCACUAGAUUGAAUUUGACUUUAUAUUUGGAGCCUAAUAUGGAUAACAUUUUCCGCGUUCUGAAGAAAAUAUGGAGGCAUCAAUAUGACGAGCUGGAUCUCUCAUCGGUAGUUGAUGUAACUCUCAGUAAACAAGCAACAUUUUUUGCAUACCAAUGGGGAUUUCCAUUAGCCAGACUAAGAAAUUUGCAGGUGAAUUGGAAGUCAAUAAUUGAUUGGAAUGACAUUACUCCUACUCUGGGUCAGCUUAGGCAUCAUUUAAACCAAUUGACGAUAAAGAGACUUUUUGUCACCGAUUCCGUAAAUGGAUUUCGUGUCCAUGCUGAAGCGGAAUUGGUGGAAAAGAUCGAGCUUUUGGAAUGGAUUGAACUGCCUCAAGAUUCAAUUUUUCCCUUGAUAAAUUGGGAGUUGAAGAUACAAGAUUGCAAUAACGAAUAUAGUAUAGAACUUCCUAAUGCCUUUUGCUUUACAGAUGCGUUUAAAAUCAGCGAUGCUCCCAAAUUAUCUGCUUACAGUGAUAUCGAAGGGCCUUUACCCGAUUCUCUACUGUCUGAUGUAUGUUGGUCAGAUGAGGAGAAUGCCAUAACCCCUAUGACUAAUCUAUUAAACAAAAUCUUCAAUGGUACUGAACUGAUAACUAUGGAAGUGAAGGGUCAUACAACAACAAUGGGUAAUGACGACCUCAAAUCAAUCAUUCCUUUAGACAUCCUGGACAAAGCUUUGAGCAAAAUUUCUUUUUUUCCCAUUGGUACGAAUUUCACGCUAAAUUCCGAUACUUUAAUUCAAGAUGUCACCAUAAAUGGAUUGAAGAUCAAGUGGGUCACUAGCUUUCUGGGAGAAAAGAGGCUUAGUAUAGCAGGCAAAGUCGUAGCAUUGAUAUCUUUGCCAUUCUAUGAGACUAAUAAGAAUCGUUUAAUGAUCCAACAUAUCAAAGGUGAUUCCAGGCUUUAUCAUGAUGGUAAGCAUUUUGUAACCAUUCCGAUGAAAUAUUGGUCUAGAGCAUCUUCCCGAAUUUUUCGCGAUGAGGAAAUAGGAACAGCAGUGAUAGAGGUAUCUUUUGACAUCAAGGAUGAUGAAGUGCAAGUUGUGAACAGCGUAGAACUGACACGUGUGCUAAACGAAAUAUUAUUAAAGGGAAAGGCUAUAGUUGAUCUAUCAAGUAAUUUAGAUGUGCUACUCACAAGUCCGUUAGGAGAAAUGGCAUUAAUGGGACUGAAGGGUAAAGGGAAAGCUUUGGUUCGUUCAUGA